GUUAUUCACGUACAAUUUUACCAAACUGCCCACCAACAGGCUCCAGAUUCCAGAAGACUUCUCAUUACAAAAAACUCACCGCUCAAAACACAGUCGAAGUACAUUGAACUGGAAGAAGGGCGUUGAUAACAUCACCCGGCGCAAAAGCAUCGGCACAAAGAAUGGUGGCGACGAACCUGAAAUCCGAGACGAUGGCCCUGAUGGAGAAGAGGAGCGCCAUGGAGGCCGAUAUGGACGCCAUCAUAGGCCGCCUCUGCCAGCCCGGCGGCCCUGGCCUCUCCGGCGGUCUCAUCGAUUCCGAGGGUUUUCCUCGCUCGGAUAUCGACAUUCCAGUUGUGCGAGCAGAGCGGCAUCGUCUUUCUGAGCUGCGGAAUGAUCACAGGGAGUUAACAGAGAAAAUAAAUCGGAAUAUAGAAAUUCUACACUCGGCAAGGCUUCCUUCUGGGUCUUCACCCCCCAGAGAAUCAGGGAAUGAUGAUGGGUUAAACAACCAAAACUCACCAUUUGUUAGUGCUGUUCCAUCUGCAUCAUCACACAAUGUUCUUUUGAGAGAAUCUCCCAAUGCUAUGGAUGUGGAUCUGAUUGUCAGUAUACCGUAUGCAAUUGUUGACGAAAUAGCUGAUGCAUCACCAGCAGCAGAGGAUGGUUUACAGCUGGGAGAUCAGAUUGUCAAAUUUGGGAAUGUUGAAGCUGGCGAAAAUUUGUCACAGAGGUUGGCGUCUGAAGGUCAGACAAAUCAAGGUCGUGCAAUACCUGUAGUAGUUAAGAGGCAGGGUGCACUGAUCAACUUAACAGUGACACCCAGAACAUGGCAAGGCAGGGGACUUCUGGGAUGCCAUUUCCGGCUCUUAUAAUAUCAGUUCAUUACAUGGAGGUGGAACUGCAGAACUUGGGAGUUAAAUUUUGUGUUGUAUAAGAUGAUAAUAUCAUGUAGACCGUUGUCUUUUUAAAGACAAUUUGCAUAUCAUAACUAAUGUUGAUUAACUUGCAUUCUGAUGGACUCCGGGACAUUGAACUUUCUGUAGGGUGUCUUUGAUGUCCUAGGGUUUGAUUUGUGCAAUUUGUUUCACCUUUUCUUUCUCCCCACUCUUUUGAGGGAGUCCCAUUUGUUUUGCAUAGCAUUGUAAGGUAAACAAUUCUAUCGUGGGGGCACUAAAGUAAAGGGAGAUCUCACCA